GGUGGAGUGUUCUGAUAGCCAGGGCGGAGAGCCCUGUGUAGUGGAGUGUGGUGGGUGUGGAAGCGUGGGCAGUGGAGCAGGAAAUGUUCGAUGGUCUCAGGGGUAGUCCUACACCAAGGGCAGAAAGGAUCAGGAGGCAAGCAUAGACGGUGCAAGUGAGCACUGAGUGAUGUGACCCAGGCGGAGGCGGGCGAUGGCCACCAGACAUCUAUGGCUUCCAAGACUAUGUCCUACCUUCAAGACUCAAACGUGCCUGGGUCUUCCGGCAGAACACUAAACAGCUCACCAAAAUGUAACCAGGUAACCUGUCUGCCACCAGUACCUUAUGGGCAUUAGUAUGUGACACUACAGCCAGCAAGGCCUCAAAUCCACAACGAGCACAUGAUUCAGAGAGCCACAACAGCCUGCACACCCGUCUACUCACCAACACGAGCAACCUAAGCCUGGUCAGAGUUGGUGCCACAACUGAGAAGAGAACCAAACCAGUGUGCCCUGCCAGCAAUCCCCAUUCUGCUGCAGAAAUUGGCUUAUGUUGCAAUGGGAAAUUAAAUGCCAUCUUAUGCCUCAUUUCACAUACAAGUUGAAAACCUGCAGAAACAGAGAGGACUACAGUGUAAGCUUCCUGGAGGGAUGGGAUACACCUGCUGGGAAGGAGAAAGGAUCAUGUGUAGGAGUGCACGCGUUUGGUGCACGCCCCUCUUCUUUGCUGGCGGCAUACUUUCAAGAGAUCUCUUCCACACUUUCUCCUCUGAAAUCCAUCCCCUGGUGAUCCUGCACAGUUGCAAUGAUGGUGGCAGAUCACUGAUCUUAGGACUAAUCCUUUGCACCGAAUUACUCCAAAGAACAGAUAUUUCAAGACGUCUAUUCCCUCAGCAGAAUGUUUUCAUUAAUUCCAGCUAUAGGAGCUGCCACGACCAAUGCCUGCCUCGGGAGAAAUCCCGAACCACCUGCACCAUCAAGAUCGCCUUCCAGAGAGUAAGAAGAAACUUGUGCCCCACUUCUCUACUCUCUCCUGCCAACACAGCUGCCAUCCAGGAAGAAAGGAGAGACUUCUGCCUCAUUCUGCCAAUAUAUGUUGCCAUGGUCUGUUAUACAGUCAUGAUGUUACCUUCUUGUCCUGUAAAUGCACCUGCAUAUGGUCAGUGCUUAAUCAAUUCUAAAUCAUGAAAUUUAUUUGUUAAUAAGUUUCCUUUUUGUUAUUUUUAAGGAAUAUUAGAAAAGAAAAAAGUUACUUCAAGCAGGCUCAGGUUGACUACAAAACAUAAAUAGCAACUCCCAUAACAUUUUUAGAUAUUCUAAAGACUAUGAAACAAAGCAACUCCAAUAAAAAUGUUUGAUAUUCUAAAGAAUUUAAAAAAUAUAUAAAUAGGCACUAAUUAACAGUCACAAA